UAUUAUCGGCAGAGGUCGCAUGGCAUAUGGGGAAGAACGGUCCUACCACUUCUCUGUCCUGGAACCAAUGCAAGAAUAUACACCUCCGCACACAAAGCCUAUGGAGUCUGCGAACAGCGGGAAAAUAGAAGCAUAUUUAAAGGAAUUUCUUUGUGCUUUUAAAGAAACCAAAUAAGAAAGGAUUUAGCGGAGGUUUUAUUUAACUGUUCUGGAAGAACGGACUAGUAUUGCCAUAAGUGCAUUGCACUGUACAUUGUUUUGUUGUAGUUGGAGUGUUUUGUUUCUCGAAAGUGGCUGCCUUUGGGUGCUGAAAAGGACUGCGCAUCACUAAAACGAGUUGCUGCCGAAGUUCGACCGCGAACGGAUGUGAGGGGAGAGUGCAGUGACAAACUCAACCCCCUUCUUUUUCUUUCUCUCCUAUCUUUUUUUUUGUUAAACAAUAGUGAGUCUAAGACACUGAAACUGAUUUCAUGCCUUCAGUCUUGUGCACGCUGAAAUGGACGUGAGAUUUUAUCCGGCGCCCCCGUCAAGUGUGGGUUCAUGUACCUUGCCGACUGAUCCAAGUUGUCUGGGCUCGCUGGACUAUUACCACUCAAACAAGGCCCGGUACAGUGUGGGUGAACGAGGGGUUAGGAUCCUCCACGGUACCCCACCUCCAGGCUCCAACCCAGCUGGGAAAAGACUGCCCACUGCUGGGUUUGAUGGUGACAACAUGUACAUGAAUGACAAUAACCAAGAGUUUCGGUCACCAAACCAGAGCUACUCCAGUCAAGGCCGAGGCAGCAACGGCGGAGGAGGAGGCGAUGAAGAUUAUGAGAUCCCGCCCAUCACUCCCCCGAACCAUGCAGACCCCUCUCUGCUCCACCUCAUGGAUCCCGAGUCAGGCUACCCCUUCCACGGCCUGCCCCACAACGGGCUGCUCAACCCCUACUCCUACCCGGAGCUGCCCGCCCUAAUGAUGUCCAACAUGCUGGGGCAGGAUAGCCACCUCCUAGCUGGGCCAAUGCACGCGUGGUUGAGGCAUACAGCUGGAUCCACAUAUCCGUUGGGAUGGGACGUUGAACCAUCUCGACCAAAGACCACUUAUGAGAUCACAGGAGAGAAGAGGCCCUCCUCAGAGAUGAUGAAGCCCAAGCCCAAACCACAGAAGAAGAAGAAGAAGAAGGAUCCUAACGAGCCUCAGAAGCCCGUGUCGGCCUACGCCCUGUUCUUCAGGGACACACAGGCGGCCAUUAAGGGCCAGAACCCCAACGCCACCUUCGGGGAUGUGUCUAAGAUCGUGGCGUCCAUGUGGGACAGCCUGGGGGAGGAGCAGAAGCAGGGGUACAAGAGGAAAACUGAGGCGGCUAAGAAGGAGUACCUGAAAGCUCUCGCCGCUUACAGAGCCAGCCUGGUUUCCAAGACCUACAACGAUCCUGAACCAAAAAGUGCCCAGACCACCCAGUCCUCCCACCUGCUGCCCCCCAAGCAGCCCCUGUACAGCGUACCCCCCCAGCCCUCCUCCCCCUACCUGGGCCCCCCCGGGUCAUUCCCCCUGUCGGACCUCCAGAGCUUCGCUGGGCCUCCCCGCCACGCCCUGGCCAGGACCCUCAGCCAGUCUCAGAUGCUGCCGCCCAGCAUGAGUGCCUCUCCCCCUUCUCCCUUCCAGAUCAGCCCGCCCCUCCACCCCCAGCUCUCCCUGCACCAGAGCUCCCUGCUCAACCAGCCAAUCCGCAUGCAGCAGGUGCAGUCGCAGCCAAUCAUCUCGCACCAAAUGGGGCUCCAGGCGUCUCUUCACUCCCCUCCUCUGAGCCAGCAGGGAUUCUCUCACAUUCAGGCUGACUACCAGAACAGUGUGGGCCCCCAGUCUCCAGGGGCCCCUAACCCGGUCCACGGUCAGAAUCCAGACUGGGAGAGCGAGUACUGCAACAGGGACUGCGGGCCCAACCACUGCAGCAGUGGCAUGGGAGCUCGUGACAAGCCUCUCUACCUCACUUGAAGCUGAAGAACCUCGAAAUGUCAGACUCCAGGAAGCUUUCCAACCUACGAUAACGUCAUCGAUGUAUCUUCACCUCCAUCUUGUUUUUAUCUGAAGGAUUUCUAAAAUCCCAAAGACUGCAACACACCUGUUUGCCAAGCACUUAGACUGAACAGAAGCCGGGGGGCUCUUCUCCUGCUUGCUUGUUUCUCAUGAACGUUACAUUUUCGGGAGGGAGGAGGGGGGGGUGGGUUUCGGGGGAGUAAGCUUUAAGCUUACGUCAACAUACUGUACACAUGGAGACCAAAAAAUAUAUAUAUAAUUCUGGUUUUCUGUUAUGGUUAUUUUGUCUCCCUCUCCUCCCUCCCCUUUUUCCUCCUUCGCAGUUUUGCCAUGGACUGCCCGCUUGUGGGAGUUGCUGUAAACAAACUCUGUGUUAGGAAGGCCACAUACUGUAAUCCUAGAAUCUGACCGUUUCACCAGGGGUGUAUGGUCACAACCGUAUUAGCAAGGACUGACUACUACAAAGUAAAAUCUAAACAGAACACAUAACUAGUGAUAGUGGAGAAAAAAAAAUCAUGUGUACAUUUAUGCUGCCCUAGUAAAGGGUUCCCUCAUUUUUUUCUCACCGAGUGAUUGUAAAUAUCACCAAAAUGGAUCCCCCCCCUUAUGUGUGUAUUUAGCUGCGGUCCCUUGCUUUUUUUUCUUUUUUUACAUUCUUUUGUUUGGUUAUGUGAGUUUUUGUGCAGGUGGAUUCAGAGUACACACACUAAAACACUUGUGUUGAAACUGUGUUCACUGGUCUUCUUCUCUCCAGAGAGAGAAAUACAAAGACUGCAAAUGCUUCAAGUUCCCUCGGCGGUUAUUGGGGGUUCUCAGAGAGAGAGCGUCGCUCUCUGUCUCCACUUGGCUUCAGGAUGUGACUGAUCUGUAGAGGUCAAAGGUUAGAACCUCUCCUUUAGUUCCCUUUCCUGGUCUCCUGAACCAUGCCCCUCCCCAUCCAACUCUUCUACAUCACUUGUACAGGUGAAUAAAAAAAGUUGCUAAAUGUGAAAUGUUACUAAAGAAAAAAAAAAAAAAACAUAA